CAUGGCAAGCUGAAUUUGAGUACCAAGUGCAGGAGCUGAAAAAAUUGUCAAAGCAAGCAUGGUUAGAUUUAGUAAGAAUCCCUCCAAUGUACUGGUGUAAGGCUUUUUUUGAUGAGGAUACCUACUGUGAUGUUGUGGACAAUAACAUGUGUGAGUCUUUUAAUUUUUGGAUUAUGGAAGCAAGGUACAAAGCCAUUAUUAGUUCAGUUGACACUAUGAGGGAACAAUUGAUGGAAAGGAUUGCCGAGAAGAUGUCAUCCUCUCAUAAAUGGAAAGGGGACAUUGCUCCAAGGGUGAAGACAAAGUUAGGGAAGAAUAAGAAUGAAUCCUCUGAAUGCAAAUUGCUUUGGGAUGGAACCUCUGGAUUUGAAGGUAGGGAACAAAAGAGAAGGAAUGAUGUGGGACCAGCAGUUGUAACCCUGAACAUCUCACAAUCAUCUGUGGUUAAUUCAAUUAACAGUGCCCCUAUAACAGAUGUUGCUGCUUUAAAUCUACCAUUACCAACACCAACAACACAGUCAUCUCAAACCAAGAACAAAGGUAAGGCCAAGGUCGCCACUGCUGGAAAGCAAAAAGGAAAGAAAAAGGAAAAAGGGUUUGACAUUUUCAGAAAUGAUGUUACUGGUGAAAUUAUGUUGGAUCCUGGAAUGCCUACUGAGUGGAGAAUUAGAGAUGAUACAAGUGCAGCUGCAAUUGUCCCAAGGGUUUCUCAUGAAGCAAUUUCUACUAAUGUAAUUCCAGCAACAACUUCAGGUGCAGCCCAGUUUGGAGACUCAAGAAACAUUUUUGUUGUUCCUCCUUCAGGAAAUGACAUGAGUCUAAGCAAGGAAGACAACUUUUGGACUGCCUUUUAAGUAGAAAGUUACUAUAAUUAUAAAUGUUAUGUAUAUUUUUUGGUUACUAAAGCAGUAUACUAAGCCAUUAUUAGUCACUGUAGAUGCUGGCUCAAAACUUGUAUUUUUUUGGUUGCCAAAGCAGUAGACGUUCGAAUUUAGUUACUGUAGAUGCUGCCUAGAAACUUGUAAUUUUUUUGUUACUAAAGCAGUAGACUUUGGAAUUCAGUUACUAUAGAUGUUGGCUAGAAGCUUGUUUUUUUUUUUUUGCCAAAGCAGUAAACUUUGGAUUU